UUAUCAUAUUUUCAAUACUAUAUGCACACUUAGCUGUAUUGAUUCCACAGUUUUUAGUUCAAAGUUAAAAAUCAACCACGCGAGAUGGCGCUGAAUGUAAAUGCUGAGGCCCGAGAGGAUGGUGUCGAAAAUGUAAACCAGCCGCCACUUUCACCAAAGUUGAAAAAUCUCACAAUAUUCGUGAUGGAGACCUAAAAUGUUUUAGUCAUAUUUCAUCUUGGUGAAGAGUUAUGUGGUAAUUGACGUAAUGACACGUCGUGCUACUUUUAUUUCACACACGCGUUUCCGAAUCUAAUGUCAACAAAAACGUGUUAAGUAUUGGGUGUAACAGUUAUCUCUUAGCUAUGUAUGAUUGAUAACAUUGUCAAUCAAUGUUGUUCACACAAGCCCACAGUAAUAAUAAGACUCAAUGAUACCAGCUCAGCAGCAACGCAAGAUCCUCCAUCUACGCGACGUCGUCUUCAAGGCAUUCGGUGCUAUAAAUCGCCAAAGGAUGGCGACUAGCAGUACCAUUGAUAUUUACAAGAAGAUCGAGACUUUUGUUUUCUUUGAUUUGGAAACAACAGGAUUAAUACGUGGAAAUCGAAUGCCCAGAAUUAUUGAACUAGCUAUGGUAGCUGCAGCCAGAAAUUCCAUCAGGGCGGAUCAAAGGAACAAGCGAGCUUUACCCAGGAUUUUACAUAAAUUAUCCAUACCAAUAUGUCCAGAACAACCCAUCACUUCUUCAGCUUCCUACACCACAGACAUAUGGAAUGAUGCUCUUGAAAAUUUCAAGCCAUUUGAUGAAAGUACUUAUAACAUGGUGAUGCAGUUCAUCCAAAGAUUACCUGCUCCCGUUUGUUUUGUGGCCCACAACGGCAAACGAUUCGACUAUCCAGUAUUUUUGGCGGAACUAGAGAGGAUUAACAAGUCGAUCCCAGAUGAAAUACUGUGUGUGGAUUCACUAACUGCAUUUAAAGAAUUCUACAGCGAAUUACAGUCAGAUACUCCACAACCAACAUUAGAAAACAUCCCAAUGGGUCGUGACGAGGUUGACGAAGAGCUAGCCGCACUUGAAAUCAAAAAGUCUAGAAUGUUGAUUAGCGAUGACAAUUGGAACGACGCUCUGUAUUCUGUCCUUGAUGGAUUUGAAAAAGAAACAUCAAGUAACAGGAAAAUGACAUCGGUUUCUGAAUUUGGUAAAGAUGUAUUGGAUUCAAUAUCCUAUAAACCCAAAGACACUGUCCGUGACUAUGUUGCACCAAAAGUACAAUUGAGCCCAAAGUCUAUGCAGGUUGUUAACGAGACAACGCCAGUGAACCAAAUCAUUAAAGAUUCUGCAGUAAAAGCCACCAUUAAUCCUCGAAACAUUUUAAAUAGUGUAAGAAAGCAGCUAAAUUUUGGUGAAAGCAAACCAAUUAAUUACAAACUAUGCACAAUUUAUGAGCAUAUUAUUGGUUGUGAACCCCAAAAUCAACACUGUGCAGAGGCAGACUGCAUUAGCGUUUUGUCAUGCGUUUGUCAGAUCGGUCAUCACUUUGCUGAGUGGGCAGAUUGCAAUGCGGUAUCGCUUAAUUUGUUUAAACGAAAAGCGGUUCCGUGUACUAAUUGAUUUUUUAUAUGAAAAAUGCACUAGGUAGCUACAAACAUAAACAUAAGUACUACACGGAGAAACAUAUUAGUCGCGAUUCCUAUUUUUAUUAGUCUACUCUUGUCACUGUGAUCAUUUAGUGAAAAAUUGUGGUUUUAUAAAUAUUUCUUUACUAAUCGUGUGAAUGUCAUGUCUUUAACGGAAUGAUGAAAAAAUUGUUGUGCAAUUAUAAAAACAUUGAGAUCUGAGCUAAAAACUUGUAAUCCAAUAUUUGUUAUAAAUUAUCUUCACACACUACUGUUUUUUUUUAAAUUGACUAGUUUACAAAGCCUAUUCAUAAAAGUUGAAAAUAUUUUAUCUAACAUGAAUUUAUACAAAAACAUUGUUUUGAGAAAUUUUGCUGCAUGUGUAUUUGUCAUUUUAAAUAAUAGCUAAGAUAGUGUGCUUCAAUUUACUUAAUAAACAUAAUAUGUCUUUGUUGAGCCAUUUGAUCCGAAAUCGUCGUCAAACUUUGACGUUUCACAAUAAAAGUAUUUUGACUAAAACUCGAUAGUUUUGUUUACAUAUGUGCACACUUCUACGUGUAUACUUGUA